AUGCACUUUCCAGGUAUUUGUGAGCAUAUUAUGGAUAUUUCUUCCUUUCAUGAUCCUGCUGCAGGUGAUUUGUUACUUUGGGCGCCAUCCUCGUCUGGCGGCUUCUCUGCUAAGGAUGCUUAUGAAUUCACACGGCCUAAGUUUGUCGAGGCCUCAACUCAUGGAUCUGUGGCUUCUUAUGCUCGGAACUACUGUGUGGCUAUAAUUUGGGAUUUAAGGAAUAAGUUGCAGUUUGAGGAGAAGGUGCGUGAUAUGUGUAUUAUUCGUUCCAUUGGGGUGCACUAUCAUCCCCGCCCCAAUUCCAAAAUUGUUGAGGUUGCAUGGCAUACCCCUUGUUUUGGCUUUGUCAAAAUUAAAAUUGAUGGCGCUCACAAAAGAGACUCUGGUAAAGCAGGUAGUGGUGGUGUGUUUCGCAAUUAUCAGGGCCAUGUUCUUGGGGCAUUUUCAGCCAAUUUAGAUGUUCCUAAUGCAGUUCAUACUGAAGUUUUAGCGGUCAUUAAGGCUAUUGAGCUUGCUUGGCUCCAUGCUUGGCAUAAUAUUUGGAUUGAAACUGAUUCGUUGUUAGUUACUAAAUUCUUUCGCUCUCCACAUUUGGUCCCUUGGCGUCUACAAGUUGAUUGGUAA